AUGGCAACACCCUGGACCUCAAUCCGCAUCGCCCAAGUCAUUGGGCUCGGAGGAGCAGCUUGGCUAUCAGGCAACAUCGCCUCCCUCUCCUUAAUCACAAUUCCCACCCUCCUAAACUCCCACGCCCAAUCCCAAUCUCAAUCACAGUCCUCCCCCUCCCCAACCAACAGACCCCUCACACCACAUACCCUUGCCCAGCAGUGGCGGCAAACAUACGAACUCGGCAAAUCGCAAAACCGGCCCAUCUCCCUCAUCAUUGCCUCAUUCUUCGUCUUCCUCGCCUAUAAAUCCCGCUCCCUAGCUUCAGCUUCACCGAGAAAUGUAGUCGUGCUGUAUGGCAUUGCAGCUGUAUUGACGAUGGGUAUUGCGCCGUUUACGGCGCUGGUUAUGAGUGGGACCAAUGAGAAGUUGAUUGGGUUGAGUGAUGGGAAAGGGAAAGGGCCGAGUGAGAAGGAUGGUGUGGAUGUGGAAGGGAAGGAGGUUAGAGGGUUAUUGGAAGGAUGGGGCAGGUUGAACGGGGUGAGGAGUUUGUUGCCGCUUUUUGGAGGGGUGGUUGGUGUUAUUGCUGCGCUGGCGUGA